UUGGAAAAGAUCGUGAACCAGCUCUUUUACUCAUAUGCUUUAUGCCUCAAAGUGCACGACUGGACUCUACAUAAAUAGCAUUUCCUGUGUUUUGACUCCAGAUACGGUUUUACCUGGUUUCUAUAUGCUGUCAUCUGCACACCUGGUACCUACAAGUGUCCGGCUGGCCCCAUCCUGGAUCCGCAGCUCUUCUCGUUCCUUCAUGGAUCUGAAGGCUCUGCUUUCCUCCUUGAAUGACUUUGCAUCGCUCUCAUUUGCUGAGAGUUGGGACAAUGUGGGAUUGCUGGUGGAACCAAGCCCUCCCCAUACUGUAAAUACACUCUUCCUGACCAACGACUUGACUGAGGAGGUCAUGGAGGAGGCUCUGCAGAAGAAGGCAGAUCUCAUUCUCUCCUACCAUCCGCCAAUUUUCCGGGCCAUGAAGCACAUAACUUGGAAAACCUGGAAGGAGCGCCUGGUGAUCCGGGCCCUGGAGAAUAGGGUCGCCAUCUACUCUCCCCACACAGCCUAUGAUGCCGCACCCCAGGGAGUCAACAACUGGUUGGCCAAAGGGCUUGGAACUUGCACUACCAGACCCAUCCACCCUUCCAAAGCUCCUAACUGUCCCACAGAGGGAACUCACCGGCUAGAAUUCAGUGUGAACCACAACCAAGACCUGGACAAAGUCAUGUCUACAGUGAAAGGAAUUGGAGAUGUUUCUGUCACUUCUUUUGCUGCUAGGUGUGAUGAUGAGGAACAAACAUGGAUCAGUCUGAACUGUACUCAGAAAGCUUUGAUGCAGAUGCUAGCUUUUCUCUCCCAGAACAGACAACUUCAUCAGAAAACUGAAAUUCUCUCACUGGAGAAGCCUUUGCUUCUGGAUACUGGAAUGGGACGGUUGUGCACAUUGGAUGAAUCGGUCUCCCUGGCAACAAUGAUAGAGCGAAUCAAACAACACCUAAAACUCUCUCAUCUUCGCUUAGCUCUUGGAGUAGGAAAGACUGUAGAGUCCCCAGUCAAAGUUGUGGCCCUGUGUGCUGGUUCUGGGGGCAGCAUUCUACAAGGAGUGGAAGCUGACCUUUACCUCACAGGUGAAAUGUCCCACCAUGAUGUUCUGGAUGCUGCUUCCAAAGGAAUAAAUGUCAUUCUUUGUGAACAUAGCAACACUGAACGAGGCUUCCUUUCCGAUCUUCAACAAAUGCUGGGUGUUCACUUGGAGAAUAAGGUUAAUAUUAUCCUGUCUGAGACAGACAGGGACCCUCUUCAUGUGGUUUAAAACAUAUAGGACAUCACCGUGACACAAGCUCCACAUCAUUUGGAUUAAAAUAGGAAUGUGUGGGAAGAGUUAGUGGUGCUGUCAUCCUUUAUUCCAACAACAUCAUUUUCAGUUCGUCAGUCUGGCCCACCAAAUGUGAAAGCCACAUGUAAAGAGUACAAUAAAGACAAACAUUCAUUGUAA